GGACGACCAGUCUUAUCAUAUUCUAGGCGAAACCAACCGACCAACCAAUACCGUUGCUGUUCUUCUUGUCCUGUUCACUUUGUCGAUGUCGACUCCACACUCUUUACUGUCUCGCACCGACGACCUCGUUGCACCUCUUCCUCAGCGCUUCCCGAUCGGACCAACACCGCGCACACACGCGGCCUCUACACAUACGCGGACCGCGUCUGCUGUCUCGUCAGCCUCAAGACCAGGAGAGCCCCCGUCUUCGCCCACCUCUACAGCCUUCCAUCAUACCAGCGCCACCCAUGCCGGCGGAGUGCUCCCCGCAGCGUCGUUCUUCCGUCCUUCGCGUCCCAACUAUCCCUCCUCGCUGGUGAGACCCGCCUCUGCCAUGUCAACCGACUCUUCGCACGAGCAGUCGGAUUCCAUGCCGAUGGCGUCCAUGGAGAAGCGGCUCUCGGCCGUGUCCGACCUUUCCGCCCAGGAAGAUCCCAUGUCCACGUCGGAAGACCUUCCUCGACAGUCAGAAGCAAGCAAACGAACGAAACAGAGCCGAGAAGCCCUCUUGCCUAUUGGCGGCCGUUCCACCGUUCACAAACCGAAGUUACAUCCUUUACCAACUGUCGUCGACGAACCUAGACCACCUCUGAAUAUAGGGUCAUCCGGAGGGUCGAAGGGAGGAGCGGUGAGGAAUAGCUUGGAACGGUUGUUUCGGGGAAUCAGCUUUGACGGCCACCGAAAGUCUCUCUCGAAGCCUACUAUUGAAACCAAAGUGGACGGUGCCAGUCCCGUGUCCCCUAUACUAUUCGAAGGCAAAGCGAUAGACAACGACCACCUGGUACCGCGAGCCAAGCGGUCGUUCUCUCCCCCCUACGAGCCCUCGAUCUCGCCAUCGCUCCGACAUCGAUCUGACUACGAAUUUGAUCCCAUUCCACCUCCGGACAACCCUCCGUUAUCGGCAGUACCCAGAAUCGACGAAAGGACGGGAAAGCCCAUGCGCAAUUAUCAAACACAUCCGUCCAGGAAUCGCUUCUUCUUGGGCGGACAUGUCUUGACUGGAGGCGACCAACCGUGGGCGUUCAUAUCGUCUUUUACAGUAGCGCUAGGUAUAUCCGGUGUGUGGUUCGGUACGACCUGCGUGUGGUGGUGGCACCAUGAAAGUCCGGCAGUGGCGGCUGUGGGCGCGUACAUGUGUUUGCUCACCCUUUCGAGCAUGCUGGCAACCGCCAUGCGCGACCCCGGGAUAUUACCGAGGGAUCUGGAUCUGGACCCUCCGAUGGCCGCGAAUUCGACCACCGAUGACAAUUCGCGAGUUCCGCUUCCUAGGGACCUAAAGGUUCGCGCCGGCUCCGUCCGCGUCAAGUAUUGUGUUACUUGCAAAAUCUAUCGCCCACCGAGGUCGAGCCAUUGUAAAAUGUGUGACAACUGCGUUGAAGGUUGUGACCACCACUGUCAAUGGGUGAACAACUGUGUUGGAAGGCGCAAUUAUACAACCUUCUUUACGUUCCUCUCUUCUGCCACCACCACUCUAGCACUCGUAAUCGUUACCUCUGCGUUACACCUCUGGUGGUUGACACGGAGGGAUCACGUCAACUUCCAACAUGCGCUACGCGAGGGCGCCGGCAGCGCAGUAGCGUUCUGUCUUUCGAUUGUGGUCAUCUGGCCCGUCACCGCUCUUUUAAUCUAUCACUUGCGGCUCCUGUUGCUUAACGUGACUACCAUAGAGCAGAUACGCAACCAGGCGCAUAAGACGCUGGUGCCCGGCCCGCCGCCACCCAACCCGUUCUCGCAUGGGAGCAUGCGGAAGAACUUUGUGAACGUGCUGUGCAGACCGACGGGUUACUCGUGGUUGGAUGCGAAUGGAACCGCCACGGUCGACCAGCGCAAGGUGAACCCGGGACUUGCGCAGUGGGAAGGCAACGAUCUCGAGACGGGUCACAAAGGGUUUGCCGUCGUCAGAGGAUGACGACGGGCCGUUUCUUCUGAUUGUCGUCGCUCGUUUCUGCUGCGGGUUAUGUUCCCAGAUCUGAUCGGUAUUAUUGAUGUCUGUUCCUGGCUCUUGGAGGGUACCGGUGGGAUUGUUACAUUUUGUUCUAUACGCUAUCGCUUUCUGUGUGCAAUUCCUAAUGUUUCUGUUGCC